AUGCUCAAAAGCCAAAUGAAAACUCAAACACAGAAAAGAUUUCCAGUUGCAGACCGCGAAGGAUAUCCAAGCGGUUCUUCCUUGAGUUUCACCAUGCAGAAAUAUUACAAAGAUAUCGGCAGUCGUCUGUCAGAAAUGCCCGCGCCAGAACAACAUGCAGACAGCGCCAGCGAUGAUCUCACUCGAGACUUCUGCAUGCUGACCAUCGAUACUCGUCACAUAAGAAGUCUCAAACAGCGAACUCAUUCAGACGAUGGUAUCUCCGUGAGCAGAGACGAAAGCCGCUCGAAUGAUGAUGAAUCUACAGAGACUUAUAACUCAGUAUCGGGACAACCAGCUUUCAGAAAAAUCUCAAAUGUAAGUUCGCCCAGAGAUCAUAUAGACUGUUCAUAUCGAAAGCAGCGUUUGCUGGAAAAACUGACCUGCUCUUUAUUUUUGAAGAAACAUAUGUGUGCCCGGUGUCAACGGAAAAGUCGAAGCUGUGUUUCAAACAAAACAUUCAGUGGAUCCCAGAAAAGGUACUUGUGUUUAAAAUGUCGUGAAGCAUCACGCAAGACAAUUUUUAAUGAAGACUACAAUUUCAGCGAUUCAGAGCUGUCACAUUCCACAUCAGGGCAGAUAUUUGACUCACAGAGCAAAGAGAACAUCAUUCCCAUGCUAAGAAAGAACAUCAAAGAUUCCGGUUACGAUACAGUCACGUCGUGUUCAACCCUGGCUUCUGCUUAUUCAGCUUUCAGUACCCCAGCCAACUCAAAAUAUAAUAUCAGCAAAGACAAACCAUCAACAAAGCCUGUUCUUUACGGGGACCAAACGCCAAGCUCGGUCAGAAACAUUUCAGCUAAAUCCAAUGAUAAAAAGCCAAAGUGCAAAUCUACAACAGCUCACAAGUCUUGCCUACAUUCGAAUCCUAACAUAAUUUCAAAUACAGCCCAAGAUAGCGAUUCCGAACUUAGCGAUAUUAUUUCAACAAGCCAGCCCGAAUCCACUGAAGAAGAAUUCCGACAUGCCAAACAGAGAAAUGUCCCCAGAUACGACGGCUACCUUACGCAAAUUGAUUACAAUGAACAGGACCAAAACAAACCCCGACCUAUUCACUCCGACACGUCUAACGUUGACGAAGUGUCCGGUAACGGUGACACUUGUUAUUUUCCACCCAGAAUUAUUCGAGUCAGUCAGACAGGGAAAGAGACAACCACGGCAACAAAGAAAUCCUGCUACACUUGCGAAUCCACGACCAAGCCUUGCUUUAGGUUGCCAUGGGAAGGCGGCUGGAUAUGCGAAGACUGUCUGGAUGGCUUGCAUUAA